AUGCCCACCACCCAAACCCCAAUCGACAACCCUCCCGCACAAGGAAUCUCCUACUACACACCAGCGCAAACCCCACCAGCAGGAACCCAGUUAGAGGGCACAACCAAGCUCUUCACCCCCCUAACCAUCCGGUCCCUCACCCUUCCCAACCGCCUCUUCCUCGCCCCUCUCUGCCAAUACUCCGCAAGAGAUGGCUACGCCACCGACUGGCACCUAACCCACCUGGGUGGAAUCCUACAACGCGGCCCCGGACUCGCAAUCAUGGAAUCAACCGCAGUGCAGAAGAUAGGCCGAAUCACACCCCAAGACCUUGGCCUCUACGAAGACGGGCAGAUCGAGCCUCUUAGACGAAUCACCGAAUUCGCCCAUAGCCAGAGCCAGAAGAUAGCUAUCCAGUUAGCGCAUGCAGGCCGUAAGGCUAGCGCUGUUGCUCCGUGGUUAAGCGUCAAUGCUAUGGCUGUGAAGGAGGUUGGUGGAUGGCCAGACGAGAUUGUCGGGCCUUCGGCGAUUGCGCAUGAAGAGGGGGUUAAUGCGGUUCCGAGGGCUUUAAGUGGGGAGGAGGUUAACGACCUGGUUAAGGACUUUGCAGGGGCUGCGAAACGGGCUGUCAGGGCGGGGUUUGAUGCGAUUGAGGUUCAUGCUGCGCAUGGGUACCUCCUGCAUCAGUUUCUGAGUCCUGUUAGUAAUCGGCGAACGGAUCGGUAUGGAGGGAGCUUUGAGAAUAGGAUUAGGCUCUUGCUGGAGGUGUGCGACGCUAUCAGGGAUACAAUCCCGGAUACAAUGCCUCUUCUUGUGCGCAUCAGUGCGACGGACUGGUUUGAGUUCGAUGAGGGGUUGAAGAAGGAAUUCCCGGAGAGUUGGACGGUUGAGCAAUCUGUUCGGCUCGCUCCUAUCUUGGCUGAUCAUGGGGUGGAUUUGGUGGAUGUCAGCUCGGGUGGGAUUCAUUCCAAGUCUGCUAUCGCUAUCAGGUCUGGUCCUGCUUAUCAGGUGCAUUUGGCGCAUGAGGUGAAAAAGGCAGUUGGUGACAGGCUGCUGGUCACCGCUGUUGGAGGAAUCAAGACGGGCAAGCUUGCUGAAGAGGUUGUGCAAUCUGGUAUCGAUGCGGUGCUCGCUGGUCGCUGGUUCCAGCAGAACCCUGGGCUUGUUCGUGCGUUUGCGAAUGAGUCGGGGGUGAAGGUGAGGAUGGCGACGCAGAUUGACUGGAGCUUUGAAGGUCGUGGCAAGGGAAGAAAGAACGGGUCUUUAUAG